UAGACCGACAAAUCCGGGAUGCGAUCUUGGCAAAACAGUUUCGCAGGAACUUCAAAAAUCUCCUGCAAAUCUGGCUUAAUUAUGAUUAGUUGUUCUACUCAUUGUCACAAUAGAUAGACCCUUCCUGUUUUUAUUUUUUUGGGCAAGGGAUGGUCUCAAGAUUAUAGAUCGAUGCUGUAAAACACUGCAAAAGUUUCAUUUAAUGAAAUUCACAGUUUUACAAAAAAAAAAGAGUUGGCGAUGGGAAACCCUAACCCUAUGAUGAGAGUUAGCACAAUCCCAAGGGAAGGGAGAUGGGAAGAAAAACACUCCCAGAGACGAUGUUGGUGGAGGUAAUUGCUAGAUUACCAUUGAAAAGCAUCGCCAGAUUCAAAUCAGUGUGUAAAACAUUGAAAUCGGUAAUAGAAUCGGCGUAUUUCCGUAGUCUGUUUGUCUCGUUGCACCGAAAGUACUCCUUGUCCUCUUGGUCGCUCAUGCUCGAUCCGGAGUAUUCUAAUUCCAUCAUAGAAGUUAUUGGCUUUACAAAAUGUGAGACAUGGGGUCUUCCCAAAUCCAUAGUUUCUUAUAUUGUGCCUUUUCGACCGUGUCCGAAUCUCUCUACAAAGGAUUGCUUCUGGGCAGGUUCCUCCAAUGGAUUGAUUUGGCUUAGUCUCUACCGUGGCUACACUGAGGACAUGCUUGGCAAUUGUAUAUGCUUCGUGGGUAAUCCAGCUUUACAACAAUGGGUUGAAAUCCCUCCGUAUCCAGAUCUAACAAGCUAUCCAUAUAGGCCAAUUGGUUUGGUAACGCGUGUUGAAAACGGCGUUGUACCUCUCCCUGUACAUCUUCUAUGCUCCUGACACCGAUGAUGAUGAGUGCCGGGUUAUACCUCUCCCUGUCCCAUAUGAUGAGGAUCGAUGUUAAGAGAUGUUUGACUACUUCACGAGGAGAUGUUAUCUGCAUUGAAAUACUACAUCGAAGACUGAAGAUUUGGAGACUGAAUCUUAACAAGUUAGAGGAUGAUGAAUGGUGGGGACUGUUGACACCCGAAAUCAACAUGGCCUUUGUCGGAUUAGAUUUCAAAUGUUGCCCAAUGGCAAUGAAUCCGUUUGAUUCUGAUAUCGUCUAUCUAUGGAGUCGACAACACUCUUGUUUGGUAUCUGGUAACUUGCGUACACAGGAGUUUAUAGUUCACCAAGAUUCAAAGAAUUGGACAAGUGAUGAAGGUUGUUGCCGCAUAGACACUUCUGGUUUUGAGGUUUUUAUGAAGUAUAUAGAACACCAUUAUCGUCGCAAUAAUGCAACUUGGAUCGUUAUGUUACCUCAGUUUGUCCUCCCACGGUGGAUGAGUUCAGUACCCAUUCCUCCAAAUUGAAGACCAUCCUUUUAACUCAUUUUCUUCUAUUGCUGCUAUAUGCAAAAACGUGUUUACGUAUUUUUUGGU